CUCCGCAGGCGCGGCGAUCCCCCCGCCGCCAAGGACAAAAGAGCGGCCCCAUCCCGGCAGGAUGAGCAGCGCCGAGGUGGGCAAGUUCAACAUCUCCCCGGACGAGGACAGCAGCAGCUACAGCUCCAACAGCAACGACUUCACCUACCCCUACCCCACCAAGCCCGCUGCCAUGAAGAGCCACUAUGCGGAUAUUGAUCCAGAAAAUCAGAAUUUCCUGCUCGACUCCAAUCUUGGAAAGAAGAAAUAUGAAACUCAGUAUCAUCCGGGUACUACUUCCUUUGGAAUGUCAGUAUUUAAUCUGAGCAAUGCCAUUGUGGGUAGUGGCAUUCUUGGUCUUUCUUAUGCCAUGGCUAACACUGGAAUUGCUCUUUUUGUGAUACUUCUGCUGUUUGUCUCAAUAUUUUCUUUAUAUUCAGUGCAUCUCCUUUUGAAGACUGCCAAUGAAGGAGGAUCUUUGUUGUAUGAACAGUUGGGAAUGAAGGCAUUUGGUAUGGCUGGAAAACUUGCUGCUUCUGGAUCAAUUACAAUGCAGAACAUUGGAGCUAUGUCAAGCUACCUCUUCAUAGUGAAAUAUGAGUUACCAUUGGUCAUCAAGACAUUUAUGAACAUCGAAGAGACCACAGGAGAAUGGUAUCUUAACGGCGACUAUUUAGUGCUGCUGGUGUCUGUCAUCCUCAUUCUUCCUCUGUCCUUACUGAAAAACUUAGGAUAUUUGGGCUAUACCAGUGGCUUUUCCUUACUUUGUAUGGUCUUCUUUCUGAUUGUUGUAAUUUGGAAGAUGUUUCAGAUCCCUUGUCCUAUGGACAGCGAUAUCCUGAACAUGACAUUGGUAAAUGCAACACUGGCACCUUUGGUGGAUCAAAACAUAACAAGUGAUGAUAUGUGCAAGCCAAAAUACUUCAUCUUCAAUUCACAGACUGUCUAUGCUGUCCCAAUCCUAACAUUUUCUUUUGUGUGCCAUCCUGCAAUUCUUCCCAUCUAUGAAGAACUGAAAAGCCGAAGCCGUAAAAGGAUGAUGAAUGUGUCCUAUGUAUCUUUCUUUGCCAUGUUCCUCAUGUAUUUAUUGGCUGCUCUCUUUGGAUACCUGACAUUCUAUGGAAAAGUUGAACCAGAACUGCUUCAUACCUACUCUGCUUAUCUGGGUGCUGAUGUUCUUCUUCUGAUUGUGCGUCUUGCUGUACUUAUGGCUGUAACCCUUACUGUACCUGUAGUUAUUUUCCCAAUUCGCAGUUCCAUUACCCAGCUGUUGUGGGCAGGGAAGGAGUUUAGAUGGUGGCGUCACUGUUCCAUUACAGUUGCUCUUCUGGCCUUUACCAACAUGCUUGUUAUCUUUGUCCCUACUAUUCGAGACAUCUUUGGAUUCAUUGGUAAGCAUUUUCACAUCGGUUCAAGUAGUCUUAAAAAUCUUGGAAAAUGCCAUUGCAGCAGUUAUGAAUAUUUAUUUCUGUGCUUUUUUAAUACAGGUGCAUCUGCGGCUGCUAUGCUGAUCUUUAUACUUCCUUCUGCCUUCUAUAUCAAGUUAGUGAAGAAGGAACCAAUGAAGUCAGUGCAAAAGAUCGGGGCUGCAUUCUUCUUUCUAAGCGGUAUACUUGUGAUGACUGGGUGUAUGACACUGAUUAUUCUAGACUGGACCCAGAAUGUUGCAUCUGAUGGCCAUUAACUGCCCUGGUUUAAUCUCUGAUACUCCACUUCAGAUGCCAGUGUUCACUCAGAUACCUACUGAGAACGAAAAUGAGCUAUUCAGCUUCCUUUAAAAUGCAGAUUCUUUGUUGAUGGUUCUUCUGAUUGUAGAAUACCCGAACUCUUGUUUUUAAGAAACUAUUCUGCAUAGUGGAAGUGGAUGCUAACAUCAAACCAACGUGAGUGUCUGGCUGAAGGAAGUGACAACUUUAUUCCAUUCCAGAGAAUGGACAGAAAACUCUGUAGACUUUUAUCAAGCCAUGUUUGGCUUUCGUCAUUGUUACUUGGAUAUUUUGUUAUUUUACUUGAAUGUGCCUAAUGGAACCAUUUGAUGUGAGAAAUAACUCUUUAAUUUACAGCGAAGUGUUUAACCAAUGAGAGAGAGAGAGAGAGAAACACUAUUAUUUUUUGUACCAAAAAUUCUUAUGGACCUCAAAAGCACUAUUUUGACUUUAAGAAACAUUUUUCUAAAACGAAUGAAAGAAUAAAAUAGAAGAGCUCAUAAAAAUAU